UACGGAACUGAAGCGCGAGGUCAGGAUACAAGUAGCCAUUAGCUUAUCUUUCUCGAGCGAAAGAGAAGUCAACGUUCCGGAGAGCAAAGGCGUUAAUUAUGGCGAUGGCCUGCCAGAGCUUCAUCCCUCUGCUGUUCCUGAGUGCGGCAGUCUCGGCCGUGGAAGUUCAGCGCCCCCGUGGUGUCCCCCUGUCAAAAAAGCACUUCUACGUGGAGGGGAAACCGUUUACCUGCUUGGAUGGUUCCCGCACGAUUCCCUUUGACAGGGUCAAUGAUGACUACUGUGACUGUCAGGAUGGUUCGGAUGAGCCAGGAACUCCGGCUUGCCCCAAUGGCAGCUUCCAUUGCACUAACGCGGGUCAUCGACCAGUCUUUAUCCCAUCGUCCCGCAUCAAUGAUGGCGUAUGCGACUGCUGUGAUGCAACUGAUGAGUUCAACAGCGGUGCGAGCUGCCCAAACACUUGCAGGGAGUUGGGGCGCAAGGAGAAAGAGAGUCUGCAAAAGCUGGCUGAGAUUGCAAAGGAGGGCUUUCUUCUCAAACAGCAACUCAUUCAGGAGGCUAAGAGGGGUCUGGAGGAAAAGAAGGCCAAAGUAUUAGAACUCGAGGCCAGUAAGAAACAACUGGAGGAGAUGGUGGAGGCUCUGAGAACGGUGAAGGAGACGGCAGAGGAGCCCGAGAAAGAAGCUAAAGAGCGCCAUCUCAAGGCUUGGGAAGAUCAAAAGGCUGCAGUACACGCUGAGAAGGACAAGGCUCGAAUGGUUGAAGUGUUUCUCGAACUGGAUGAUGAUGGCGAUGGCUUUAUCUCCCUGCCUGAACUUCAGACCCACAGUGAGCUUGAUACAGAUUCAGAUGGUUCUUUCACUGAAACAGAGGCUCAGGCCCUUUUGGGAGGCGUGGACAAAGCGGAUGCGGCAGCGUUCGAGGCCGUCUGGAAGGACGUCAAAGAGAAAUACAUCUCCGAGGCCCAAGCGCCGGUGGAGACGCCGCACGAGGAGAUGAGGGAGCCGCUCACCGACAAUGACUCUGAACAUUACUCUGAGGGGGAACUCCCAGAGGAAGAUGAUGAGGAUGAUCAGGAGGAGGCUGAUGAAGAGGAGGAAGAUGAUGACGAUUCAGAUGAAGCAGACUACAUUAGUCCUCCCGCGGUACAAGAAAAGAAGGAUGACGAGGACGAGGGGACCAUGCCGCCCUACGAUGAAGAAACGCAGAACCUCAUUGAUGCUGCCCAGAAGGCGAGGGAACAGUUUGAUGAGGGUGAGCGAGCUCUCCGGGAACUGGAUGAUCAGAUGAAGAACCUUGAAAAGGAAACAUCCUCAGACUUUGGACCCAGUGCUGAGUUUGCUUACCUCUACAGCCAGUGCUACGACCUAAUUACUAGCGAGUACAUCUACCGGCUCUGCCCAUUCAAUCGAGUAUCCCAGAAACCAAAGCACGGCGGCUCGGAGACCAGCUUAGGGUCCUGGGGUCAUUGGGACGGUCCCGAGGGUAACGUCUACGCCGUAAUGAAGUACGAGAAUGGAAUGGGAUGCUGGCAAGGCCCCAACAGAUCCACCACGGUUAAGCUAAAAUGUGGGCAAGAGACGGCGGUGAUAUCCACAACGGAACCCAGUCGCUGCGAGUACUUGAUGGAGUUCACUACUCCCGCCCUCUGCCAGGACCCCAAUACCCUGGACCCCAUGCUGCAUAAGCAUACCGAACUUUAAACCCCCUCUGCUCGUUGUUCACCAGGGACCACGUAGCCACGGCAACAGGAAUCACGAGGCGCCACUGCACUAUUUCAUUGUUAAAUAAAAAAAUUAAUGCUUUUA